AGAUGAAUGACAUCGACAGCCAGCUGAAAUGUUUGGUAAAGAAUUGGUUGGAUUGGGACGAAAAUCCGGAAACAAAAAAAGAGAUAAUGCAACUUCAGGCCGUGGAGGACAAAAACGAGCUGAAACGAUUGAUGAGUAAAAGAAUUCAAUUCGGAACAGCUGGUCUGAGAGCACGUAUGGGCCCAGGUUUCUCUCAGCUGAAUGAUUUAGUCAUUAUUCAAACAACCCAAGGAGUUGCUUGUGUUUUGAAAAACGAAUUUAGUCCGGAUCAAAUUUCCAAGGGCGCUGUCAUUGGUUUUGACAAGCGUCACAAUAGUGAACGAUUUGCGAAACUAGCUGCGGCAGUUCUUCUACUUUCUAGUAUACCAGUAUAUCUGCUUAAGGAGUAUGCUCCCACGCCAUAUGUUGCCUAUAGUGUAAGAAAUUAUAAGCAUGUAGCAGGUAUAAUGAUAACAGCUUCUCACAAUCCAAAAGAAGACAAUGGUUACAAGUUAUAUUGGAGCAGCGGAGCUCAGAUAGUCUCACCGGUUGACAAGAUGAUACAAGAUCAAAUUGAACAGAACCUAGAACCUUUCAAGAGUGGACCCAAUAAACACGAUGAUCCUUGGAGCUAUGAUGACGUAAUAUCCAGCAAUGAGAAAACUGGCAAACUUUUGGAAAUAGAUGAAACUUGUUCAGAAGAUUACCAAAAUGAACUUUGUCGCCUCAAAAUGCCUUUAUUCACAGCCAUUUCUGAUGCUAUCAUAACGUAUACUGCGAUGCAUGGUGUAGGUUACAAGUUUGUUAGGGCGGCCUUCGAGAAAAUGGGGCUUCCGAGUGUUGUGCCUGUGGAAGAACAAUGCGAACCAGAUCCGGAAUUCCCGACUGUGAAAUAUCCGAAUCCAGAGGAAGGCAAGGCGGCGUUGGAUUUGUCUAUCAAGACUGCCAAUGAAAAGGGAAGUUCAGUGAUCCUUGCCAACGACCCGGAUGCAGACAGACUGGCAGUUGCUGAGAAGUUAUCCCCUGGCACGUGGAAAGUUCUGUCUGGAAAUGAACUGGGAACCUUGAUUGGCUGGUGGCUUCUGGAAAAUCACAAGGCGAGGAUUGAUAGAAACGAUGAAGUGGCACACUUAGACGGUUGUUACAUGCUUUCGAGCACCGUUUCUUCUCGUAUUUUGAAAACGAUGGCGGAAGUGGAAGGGUUUAGGUUUGAGGAAACUUUGACUGGGUUCAAAUGGAUGGGCAAUAGGGCGGAUCAAUUAAUAAAAGAGGGAAAAACUGUCCUGUUUGCUUUUGAAGAGGCAAUUGGUUACAUGUGCGGCUCAACAGUUUUGGAUAAAGACGGUGUAAGUGCGGCUUAUGUUGUUGCUCAACUAGUUCACUACCUCUAUGCAUCCAACUCGAAUCUGGUGCAGAAGUUGAAUGAGAUAUAUCGAAAGUAUGGUUCGCAUGUGACUCAUAAUUCUUACUACUUCUGCUAUGAUAGCAAAGUAAUUAAUAGUAUUUUUGAGCGAAUUCGGAAUUUUGAAAGUGAUGAGGAAAACAUUGCUGACAAAUAUCCUAAGUUUCUGAAUGGAAUUCCUCUUGAGAGCUUCCGAGAUUUGACAGCUGGGAUAGAUUCAUCUCAACCGGAGUACACACCGAUUCUUCCUACUUCAAAAUCGAGCCAAAUGAUCACCUUCUAUCUUUCCAAUGGGAUUGUGCUGACCGUGAGAACAUCGGGAACUGAACCGAAAAUCAAGUUUUACUCUGAGUUUUAUGACAAAAGUAAGAAGUUUGACAAUAAGGAGGAUGCUCAGAUGUUUCUCAAAAUGCACAUGAAGAAUAUAAUAAACUUUUUGAUUGAACCGGCUAAAAAUGGAUUAAUUCCAGCUGCCGGACUUGAGUGAAACUUUGGGCAAAAAUGUUAAUUUGUUAUCUAGAUAAAUGCUAUUUUUCAUGCCAAAUUCUUGAUUCUAUUUUUCAAUUUACCAGAUUAUGUACAGUUUCCUUCUGCCAUAAAUAAAGGAUAGCUUAUAUGUUUA